AGCAAGAAGAGACCCAGAAAACGUUUAAAAUGACAAGCCAAAACAUCACACAACCCAAUGAAGAGAACAACAUUAGAACAUAGAGAGAGAAAUCAUCCAACAAUUACAAGUCAACUAUCUCUCUCUCUCUCAAACAACACAAAAAAACACAACACAUUGAGUCCCUCAAACUGAAAUGACACUUUUACCCCUCUCCAUUUGCCUCCUUCAAUUUUGACUCAACCACUCUCACACACUCACUCUCUUUCUCUUUCUCUCUUUCUCUCUCUCUCUCUCUCUCUCUCUCUCUCUCUCUCUCUCACCACAAUGGACGCCGGCGAACCCCAAUUCCGGCGACAAACUCCUGGCAAGAUGGAACACGACGAUCCAAAUCGAACCAUGUCACGAACCGAUUCUGCUUCCGAAGUUGCUGCCACCAGCGGAGCUAGAUACAAGCUGAUGUCGCCGGCGAAGCUCCCGAUCUCUAGGUCACCGGUUUUGACGAUUCCGCCGGGACUCAGUCCGACUUCGUUUCUUGAAUCCCCAGUGCUACUCUCAAACAUGAAGGUAGAACCUUCACCUACAACAGGUUCCCUUCCUAGGCUUCAACAAACAGCACAUGGUUUUGUAACCUCUUCUACGUCUGCUACGUUUCCUGUAACCGCUGUAUGCUUCAAUUCUAAUACUGUUGAUGACGGAAAGUCCAGCUUCUUUGAAUUUAAACCACACAGUAGAUCGAAUAUGGUUCCUGCCGACUUUAACAACCAUGCAUGUGAAAAAUCUACUCAAAUAGAUGGUCAAGGAAAAGUUCAAUCUUUUGUCUCGACACCAUUGGUCAAAAGUGAAAUAGCAGUCUCUUCAGAUGAAAUAAGUCUAUCAUCACCUCGUCAAAUGGUUAGUUCAGGGGCUAGUGCUCAUGUUGAAGUCGAUUUGGACGAAUUAAACCCUAGUGGCAACGUCGCAACUAGGCUUCAAGCAUCUCAAGUUGAUGGUAGGGGCAGCGGACUUUCAGUUGCUGCUGAUAGGGCAUCUGAUGAUGGAUACAAUUGGCGAAAAUAUGGGCAGAAGCUUGUUAAAGGGUGUGAAUUUCCACGCAGUUAUUACAAAUGCACACAUCCUAACUGUGAAGUGAAGAAACUCUUUGAACGCUCUCAUGAUGGCCAAAUCACUGAGAUAGUUUACAAGGGAACACAUGAUCAUCCUAAACCUCAACCGAGCCGUCGAUACUCUGGUGGAACUAUUAUGUCUGUCCAUGAAGAGAGAUCUGAUAAGGCUUCUUUGACUGGCCGUGAAGCUGAGCGUGACAGUACUCCAGAUCUAUCACCUAUAGCAACAAAUGAUGAUAGUCCAGAGGCUGCAGGAUUUUUGUCAAACAGGAAUAUUGAUGAGGUUGAUGAAGACGAUCCGUUCUCAAAGCGAAGCAGAAAAAUGGAUCUUGACAUCACUCCUGUAGUUAAGCCUAUCCGGGAGCCACGGGUUGUUGUACAAACUCUGAGUGAGGUUGACAUAUUGGAUGAUGGUUAUCGCUGGCGUAAGUAUGGGCAGAAGGUAGUAAGAGGCAAUCCUAAUCCUAGGAGUUAUUACAAAUGCACAAACGCUGGUUGCCCAGUUAGAAAACACGUGGAGCGGGCGUCUCAUGAUCCGAAAGCCGUAAUAACCACAUAUGAGGGUAAACACAAUCAUGAUGUACCGACUGCAAGGAAUAAUAGUCAUGACAUGGCAGGACCAUCAGCUGCAGGUGGACAACAUACAAGAAUUCGACAUGAAGAAAGUGAUACUAUUAGCCUUGACCUUGGAAUGGGCAUUAGCCCAACUGCUGAAAAUAGAACGAACAGUCAAGGGAGAAUGAUGCUUAAUGAAUAUGGUGAUAACCAAACUCACACCAACAAUUCCAGCUUCAAGUUUGUUCAUACUACACCGCCUCCGGUAUAUUAUGGUGUACUAAAUAACAACUCAAAUCCAUAUGGUUCUAGAGAAAACUCGAAUGAUAGUUCGUCUUUAAACCAUUCUGCUUAUCCUUGCCCAACGAACAUCGGAAGAAUACUAAUGGGUCCCUAAAAUUGUGUACACAACAAAAAAAUAAAAUGAAAUGAAAUUAUGAGUAUCAUUUUGCUUUCUUCUUUUUGGCUGGUAAAGCUUCAAAGUUCAAAGGCAUGUUUUCUCUUUGAAAAUGCUGAUAGUUGUUUUAUGUUCAUAUCACACUAUCUGAGAGGUGCCCUUUGGUAGAACUAGUAGUAGUUGUGUUCUUUCAGGUUUGACUUUUAUAUCUAAUUGUUGGUUGUAUAAUUAUAUAUACAAAUUCUUCUGUACAAAUAUGAAGCUGAUACUAUAGUUGCUUCAACAAGAACCCUUGUAAAAGUGUUUGAUUUUAACUAUUUAUAAGAAGCAGUGUUUAGCCUGUUCCUGAACU